AUGGAUUUAGGAACAGAAGAUCCAUCAAUACCAAUUCAUGAAACAGCUCGUUGUUUUGGUUGUGGAGCUUCACUUCAAUGUGCUGAUAAAACUAAACCAAGUUUUAUACCAGUUGAAAUAUAUAAACAUUAUCUUUUAACAAAUUUACAAAAACGAACAAGUCAAUGUCAAAGAUGUUUUCUUUAUUACAAAUAUACAAAUGAUAUAUCACAUUGUGAGGUUAAUGAACAAGUUUAUAAAGAUAUUUUAACAGAAAUAAAACGAAAACAUGCUGUAAUUAUAUUAAUUGUUGACCUUCUUGAUAUACCAAAUUCAAUUAGUGGAUCAUGGACACAUCUUGCUGAUCAAAUAACAGAUAAUCAUAAUAGUUCAGCAAAUAUUAUAUUUAUUCUUGGCAAUAAAAACCGUCUGGAGAAUGAAUGUACAAAACGUGGUUUAGGAAAACAUAUUGUUAAAUAUUAUGGUUUAAUUAGUGCUCGAACUGGAUAUGAAAUUGAAGAACUUAUUUCGAAAGUAUUUUUCGUUAUUGGUGGUGUUUAUUUACUUAGUGGUACAAAUGUUGGAAAAAGUAGUUUAUUUAAUAGUCUUAUUGAUUCUGAUCUUUGUCAUAUUCAUGCACUUGAUUGUAUUCAACGUGCAACUCUAUCAAAUCUUCCUGGUACAAUAAUGAAUGUUCUUCGUUUUCCAAUCCAAUUACGAACUGGAAAAAAUCAAUUUAUGCGUGAAGAACGUUUAAAAGAACGCGAAGAAAAUGAAAUUAUUCCUGAUGAAAAUAGUAAUUCAAUUGAAAAUGAAACAACUAUUGAUCGUAUGUUUCUUCUUUGUCUUCUAAUGAGUAAAAUACUAAAGAUAAAUUGUUUAGAAAAUGUUGAAUCAACAGUAAAAUGGCGUCGUCGAUUUGAAUUUGAAAUGAAUUUAUCAAAAAGUGGUGUAUCAUAUACAUAUUCAUCUGGUGAAAAUUCUUUUUAUGAAGAUCGUUCAUUUGAAUCAAGUGAACAUAAUUAUAUAAAUUAUCGACAAAAGAAAAUGCGAGCUUUUAAUCCUGAUUCAUAUAAAGAUGAAAAAUAG